AUGCCUGAUACUGAACCGUCUAAACUCAGACAAGAUUCAAAACAUAGUGACGUUGAAUGCCCUACAUGUAAAGGUCUAGGAAAAGUUCCUUCGAAUGAUCCAAUUCUGAAUCAAAAUGAACAUCAUGAAAACUAUACGUUUGUAGAAUCUAAGGCAUUUAUACACGUCGGAAACCAAACAAAUACAAAUAUGGCAUCUGAUUUCAAUAACUUGAAAUUAUUAACAGAAAUGGAUACUAUUAUUGGUUGUGUAACAGACUUAUUGCCAGAAAAAUCACCACUUGAUAAUCCAAAAGAAGUUAUCAAAUCAGUACAAACUCGUUUGAAAAAUACUAAUUCAGAAGAACACAUUAGAGCAAUUUCUGAUGCGGUGCAGGUAGCACGAAAUCACCAGAAAUUAUUAAAACCACAUAUAAACUUGAUUAACCAAAAAAUUGUCCAAUUUCUUAACAGUCAACGAAUUUUUUAUGUCCGAUUAGCGUGUCAGUCAGCUGGUGAACUUUUUAGGACAAUGCGGUGUACAGAUCGACCAUUAUUUGAUAGCAUUGUUACUGGACUUAUGAACCGUACAGCGGAUAAAAAUCAAAACAUCCGUAUUGAUGCGAAUUGGGCACUUGAUAAAAUGGUGAUCAGCAUCCCACCGUUAUAUUCCAUAAAUUCAAUAGCUAACUGUAGUCAACACAAAAAUCCGGCUGUUAAAAUAGCACAGUUGCGACUGAUGCAUUGUGUUACUGUAAUUGCAGAUCCAAUUAAAAUAUUAAGUGGAAUAACCGGACUAAAAAAAGCUAGACAAUUAAUUCUUAAAAAUUGUGUAGCAACAAUAGAAGAUGCAAACGCGGAAAUCAGGUUUCUGUCAAAAAAGCUCAUGCAACUUUUAAAAAGUACUUGUUAUGAAAGUUUCUGCUCUUCAUUAGUUCAAGAUAUUAGUUGGGAUGAAUUGAAAAUUGCUGAAAAGAAUUUAAAUAUGGAAGAUUUAGCUGAUAUUUUGAAGAAAAAUAUUAAAUGA